ACAGUACGCUGGUAGGUGUCGGUAAUGGAAAUGCUAAAUUUCUUAGUUCAUAAGCACUUCAUAAGGUAACCCUGCUAACUUGUACGCGCAAUCACUAUAACAAUUAGUAUAUUCUGUGUAUAACAAACAAGACAGAUAACACGCAAACGUAGUGAAAUAAGUUUUUCGGUUUUCUUUUAUAGUAGCAAAUAGUUUUUUUUUAAAUAUAAUGGCAAGUUCUACUCAAAGUGAUAAAGGUUCUAAAGCAAUACAUUUAUAUUUAGUAGCCUAUAAUUUUCUUCAAACUAUAGGAUGGAUGCGCCUUCUAGUUCAACUUAUACUCUAUUAUGUUAAUCCACAGUCAAAAAGUCUGUAUGACUCGGUUAAGUAUUCACUUUACAUUUUUCAAAAUGCUGCAGUAUUAGAAGUAAUCCACGCCGCCACUGGGAUUGUUAAAUCAAGUGCCGUUAUGACGGCCUUCCAGGUAGCUUCCAGAGUGGUAGUAGUGUGUGGAGUCCUUUUGGCAACGGAAAGUGCAAGAGUGGGUCUAGGAUUACCUUUAGCCCUGUUGGCAUGGUCCAUAACGGAAAUUAUUCGAUAUUCGAAUUACUUUUUCAACCUUGUUUAUGCCGUACCAUUCGUACUUAAAUAUUUAAGAUACACAACAUUUAUUGUACUGUAUCCAAUUGGAGUCACUGGAGAGUUGCUGUGUAUUUGGGCUGCCCAGAAAGAAGUAGGCAAGAACCAGCUUUACAGUAUUGAUAUGCCUAAUCGAUACAAUGUAAUAUUUAAUUACCAGCAUGUUUUAUGGUUUCUGAUGGUAUUAUAUAUUCCUCUCUUUCCACAACUAUACCUGUAUAUGUUUGGUCAAAGAAAGAAAGCACUUUCCAAAGCAAAGUCAAAGUAGGACCAAAGACUGAUUAAAUGAUUUUUUCUCUUAUACCUGUUAAAUUAUUGCUAAACUUUUAUGUAUACUUUUUUUAUUUGGAAAAAUUUUGAACAUAAAAGUAAAUAAGUAUAUAUUAAUGAAUAUAGUAAUAAGAAUAAAAAGGGGUAAAAAA